GCGACAACACAACAAAAAAAAACUAUUCCAGCAUUCAAGGCAAGGGGCUCGGGCUCGAGCGACUGACGGGGGAAAGUACAAUCUGUAGAGAGCGCAACAGCCGACGCCGUCGGUCGUUGGGCGCUCGCCUAUUCCACGUAGCCCCAGCCAGAGCAGAGACGGGGGGAGGGAGAGAGGAGAGAGAAGAGGAGGAGGAGGAGAGAGCGGGCAGGACGCGUGUGGAGCAGCAGCAGCAGCAGGAGGAGAGAGAUAUGUUGCCAGAUGUAGAAGCGAGACUUGCGAUUUGACUAACCUCUUCGACUGGCGUCUUGCGAGUCAGAUGUGACUGGCCUGCCCGCACGACCGCUCGCCUUGCCUACCACUCCAUAAUAUAUAUAGUUCUAUAUAUACCUACAUAUAGAUAUAUGUACAUACAUCGAGCGGAGUUUUUUGUCCCCGCUCAUCUUCUUCUUCUUCCUCUCAUGAAAGCGGGACCCCUUUCGGAAUCUUCCACGACUCCGGUGCGAUCGGAGGAGAGGAGCCGGCGGACUGUGCGGAGAUUUUGUUAUUAAACAAAAACAAUCAACAGUUCGCCUCGUUAUCCCCCCCCCCUUCCUACCGGACAUCGGUAGCUGUACCACCACCACGACCACCACGACCAUCAUCAUCAUCACCACUUCUGCCACCGCGCCUGCCAUCUCGUCGACUUCGAUUCGCGUCGUUGCGUCGCUGAAGAAAAGCAAAACAAAAAACCAGAGACACUAAUUUAUCGGAAGAAAAAAAAUGAAAAGGCGAAGCAGGAGGAUUUGAUAUCGGCCGAAGAAUAAAUAUUUAUGUCUAAAAUGGUUGUGGUGAUGCUCGGAGAAGGAGGCAUUUGGAUGUAUAUCGAUCUCCAGACGCCGACUCGAAGACUCGAACCUAUUGCGGAUAAAUAAGAGCAAACCUUAACCGACCGCUCAACACGAUCGUGUCGCCGCCAAAAAAAACCCGCACAAUGACUUCUCGGGGAGUAUUCGAGGAAAGUGCCCCGUAGAGGCGACGCCGAUCUCCAUUGCCGCCGUCCGCUUCGCUACCAGCGCGGUCGGACGGAGCUGACCGCACUGCUGCUGCUGCUGCUACCGCUGGAGGGUUGUGGUGGUGGUAGUGGUGGCGGUGGUCGUGGCAACCGAGGAAGACACCGCAACGGACAACGGCCAUGGACGCCCGCGAUUUUAACCACUCCAUCCAGGCAGCGGCAGGGGCAUCGUCUCAAGCACCGCCACCUCCGCCGCCUCCUCCUCCGCCUCCUCCUCCACCGCCUCCGUUACUGCAGCGCGAUACGAGCGGCGGCUCUCUGAGCGGCUCGCAGCAUCAAGCGGCGGCUCUGAGCCAGCAGCAGCAGCACCACCACUCGCAUCACCACGCGCACCAUCACUCGCUGGGGCUUGCGCCUCCUCCACCGCAGCCUCCUCCGCCACCGCCGCUGCACGCCUACCGCGCGGCACGCAUCUCUGCGCACGGAGCGCUCGCCCCGACCUACUCGCCCGACAAAUACUACGCGUCCACUCUACCCAUGGCCGGAGCCGCAGGGAGCGCCUACCUGGGGGGUUCAUCCCCCUACCUGAGCUCGUACCUGGCCAGCGGACCCCCUUGCCCGGCAUCGGCGGAGCCCCCCUCGUACCGCCAGGGACCGAACCCACAUGGCGCCCCGGGCAUCCCUGGUCUCGCCGAUUACUGGGCGGCACAGUCAGAAGGACUGUCUCGUCUGUCCGCCGGAGUCUACUCCCCGUACCUCCCGCUCGUGUCGCUGGAUCAGUCGCCCUCCGUGAACCCCUUCCUCGCCGCGUACGGACAGUCCCGAGUGCACGACUUGCCCAAAGACGGCUACUACAUGAGCAGCCUUUCUGCCCACGCGAGCCACGCGAGCAUCGUCCCCCGCGGCGCUCCGGCCCAGCCGCCCUCGGGCCCCACGCUCAUCUCGUCCCGCGACACCAAGGAGGCGGCCGCCGCGUGGCCACAGAAGGGCUCCGAGCGGCCCGGCCUGAGCCGCGCCGGCAAGACGGACGGCGCCGCCGCCGCCGCCGCAUCAGCGCACCGCCGCGAGCGGGAGCGGGAGCGCUCCGAGAAGCGGGAGGAAGCCCGGGCGCGCUCCAAGUGUGUCAUCGACCUGACGAGCGAGUCCGGGGAGGAGGGCGAACUCAGGAGUUGCAGGGGAGCGGCGGCAGCGGCCGCGGCGGCGGCGGCGCUGCCCGGGCACCAGCAGCAGAACGCGAAGUCUCACCACCCCGGCUCCGCCGGAAGGGAGACGUCGGGAAGCGCCGGGAAGAGCGGUGCCGCCCUGCCGCCGCCGUCCUCCUCCUCGUCGUUCGUUAACGGCACGGACCGGAAAUGCGGCGACACGGACGCUCACGCGCAGGAUAAAGGAGGCGGCCCUUACGUCACGUCGUCGUCGUCACUGCCGUCGUCGUCAUCGGCGUUGAGGACUCGAGCCGAGGGGCCGUCGCCCGCGAGGCUUCAGGUCACGUCUGGCAGCUUCUCAAUCCACUCCUCCACGAGCUCCGCGCAGACGGUGGCGACCGGGGGAAUCGGCAGCGGCGGCGGGAGCGGCGGUGGCGGCGGUAGCGGCGGGUCGGCGCGGCACCGCGUCAUCGCGCCCAUGUUCGUGCCGUCGGUGGGGCACCCGAGCCCCACCCACGCCGCCGCGUAUGGCGCCGCCACCACCGCCGCCGCCGCCACUCACCGCGAUCGCGAGAGGAGGAGGGAGGCCGACGCCAUCGCCGAGGGGCACGGCGCCGACCCGGCAGAUGCCGCGUGCGAGCAAAAGCACGACGGGGGUGGCGGCGGUGGCGGUUCGGUGAUCAAAUUCGACUCCGGCGGGAGCUGCCGAAGCAGGGGCGACCACGGCGCGGGUGGCGCUGCGGACGGCUCCGGCGCUUGGCCCUCGGGCGGGGGUGGGCGCGAGCACAGGGACGGGCGCUUUGAGCGCUCGCUCAAAGCGCUGGCGAGGGCGCCGGCAGACACGCGGUCCGACCGGCAGUCGGACGGCGCCGGCGUCGGGGACAGACAGGACCCCCCCCAGCCAUGCCGGCGCUUCGAGCCCCCGCAAGCCAGGACGUCGGCGAGCGCCGACCAGCAGUGCCGCGGCGGCGGCGCCAUGGACCCGGACGGCAGCCUGGCGGCGGGGAGCGGCUACGGGCGCUACGGGGCGUGCGCGAGCGGCGGAGUGACAUCGGCGCCGCCGCCACCGCCGCCGCCGCUGCUCUCGUCGUCGUCCGGCCAGGUCAAAGCGAGCGGCGACUCCGCCGUGGAGUGGCCGGGCCCGGCGCUCAUCAGCCGGCGCUCGGUGCUGGUGCCAGGAGGCGGCGGCGGCGGCGGAGGGUCCGGGGUGACACGCGAGGGCAGCGAGCCACCGCCGGCACCCGUCAGCCCCGAGGCGUCGGCCAUGCGGGGGCUGCUGCGCUACACCGGCUCGUUCUCGCGCGAGGCCGAGGCGCGGGUGCUGGCCGGGCGACGCAGCCCCUUCGGGGGCCUCGCCAACGUCCGCGGGGCCGCUGGCGGGCACCCCCACGGGCACCCCCACGGGCACCCCCACGGGCACCCGCACGGCGCACCACCACUGCCCACAUCGUCCUCGGCCCCUUCGUCGUCGGCGGCGGCGGCGACGGCAGCGGCGGCUCUGAGCGAGGCCACCCAGUCUCGGCGGGGAGCAGACAGGUCGGAGCAGCCCCGCGGCCGCAGCAAGGAGGGCUCUGGCCGCGGCACCAGCGAGAGCGAGGUCCGCUGCCCACCCGUGGGCAUCGCCGUCGCCCUGGCUCGCCAGCGGGUCGGCGGUGGAGGGGGCCCUGCGACCCCCGGUGACCUCCGUGACCUCCGCGACCUCCGGGAGCAGAGGCCCCACUCGGCUACGUCAGGACUGCCUGGAGCUGCCCGGGGGGGUCUGGACGGCUACGAUGCGGAGCGGGCGGACGAGGAGCGGCCGUCCCGCGCCUCCGACGAGCGGCUGGGCUCGCGGUACGAACGGGAGCGGCACAAAGCGGCGAGCCUCAGGGACACCGCUGGACUACCGGACCUGGGCCGUCUCGGCGCCCCCUCGCUGCCGGGCCUCGACUUGGCCAAGUCCGGCCUCGGGGGCGCCGGCGGGGGCGGCCGCCUGCUGGGCGCAGGCCCGCCCGGCGCGGUGGGGGGCGUGCCGGGGCCCGGCAGCGGACCCGCCGGGGUGGCCGGCGGGCAGUGGGUGCCGCCGCCCGACCCGUCGCACCAGCCGCCCCACAUGGCCCACCACAGCUGGGUGGCGGGCGCGUGCAGCCCCUCCACCAUGUGGCCCGGAUCGCCCUACUACGGUCUUAGCCACGCGUCCAUGGCACAGGGCCUCCCCGUCGGGUACCCGCCCAGCCUCCCCGGCGCGGUGCCCAUCUCCCAGAAGGGCUACCAGAUCGCCCAGGAUCCCCAGUCGGGCCACCUGCUGUUCAUCCCCGCGGAGCCCCCGCCCCCACACUUUGCGGAGUUGGUGGACCGCGCGCACACGCUGUGGCCACCCAUGUACCCCGGCGCUUCGCCCGCCUCAGCCGGUCUGCACGACGCUCCCUCGCUGCACCACUUCCUCUCGCACCAGCAGCUGCUGCAGCGGCAGCAUGAGCUUAUGUUCCUCCACCACCAGCACCAGCAGCUGCACCAGCAGCACCAGCAGCAGCAGGCGCUGGAAAUGCACAGGAGCCUGCAUGCGCAGGAACAGCAGAUGUCAUCGGCUGAGCUCCGUGGUGGCGGCGGAGGUGGUGGCACCAUCGAUCUGGACCACGACGCCCGGCCGCCCCGGGCGCCGCCAAAGUCAUCGUCGAAGCACUCGGGCACAGCCAGGGCCCGAACCACCACGCCGGGCCUCACCGCCGCCAGUGCCCGGGAGCGCACGGCCACCGUCAUGGCCUCCCCCCGCGGCACGCCACCAGCCUCCCCCAGGACCAGGGAGGGCGCGUCAGCGGUGGUGGCCGGGGUCUACCGGCCCAGUGACAUGAGGCCGGCGAGUCCCGCGGUGGCACGGGCGACGCCGGUUCCCUCGCCGGCUGCUCCGGCCUACAACCCCUGUGCCCAGCUCGCACGCUCGCCCUCCCCUGCCCAGGAGCCCCAGGAGCAGGCUGGCGAUCAGGCGAGGAGGGAGGCUUCGCCCGCGUACCAGGCCCGAGUGCCAAACAAACCGGGAGACUUUGCGCUGGAGUCAGCAAAUGCCGCUUUCCCGGAGGCGCCGUUCCAUGCCGAGGAGGCGUCGGCCACCAUCGCCGCCCCGUCUCCCGGCGAGGCGCGGCUCCACCGGCCGUUCGACUCGGCGUCGCAGUCCCGUGCGCCCGGCGCCGCGCCACCGGCCUCGCCCGCCUCGCCCACCUCACCCACCGGCUCCAACUCCGGCGCUGGCAGGAAAGACGACGGCGGCGAUGCCGCCGCGAUCGCCCUCGUCCGAUCGCAUGAGGGCGACAAAGAAAUCGUUGCGGAGCCACGGAGAGGGGAGACGGCGGAAGAGGGGGAGGCGCGAGCGGCAGCGGCCGUGUCGUCUCGAGACGCGAGCCCGGCGCCGGCGCCGACGGCGACCGUUUUGCCACCUGCGCUGGUGAGCCGGCGAGACGCGGCCUCUCCGGAACUGGAGCAGCCGGGCAGUUGCGCAGCCGCGUGCGAAGCGGUCGCAGCGUCGGCGUCGUCAGAAUCGCUCGCCGCACAGCUCGGCGCUGGCGCCAUUGCCGCCGCUGACACCGCCGCCGCAAAACCGUCACCGGCGCCGUUGAAUGAGCAGCGCAGAGCCAAGGACGGCCGAGUCGACCCGGGUGAUGUCUUCAAGGGCCACAGCGGCGAGGAUGAUUGUGCGGUGGCGCCGGCGCCGGCGGUCGCUCUGCUAGUGCGGCCGCGCUGCCGCGACUUCCACGACAGCCCGCUGGCGCGUCUCGCCGAGUCUCUGUGCCUCGGCUUCGAGCCCGAGGACCCCAUGAGCGGCCUCAACACGCUGGUGAUGGUGUGUCUCGGCAAGACGGAACCGGUGCUGGUGCCGGAGCCGGAUGGGUUGGCGUGCGCGCCCGGCGCUGGCGCGCCUCUGCCGUGGGACCGGCUCGCCGGGCUGCAGGGCAUCUCGCUGCUCAGCGAGCUGGCGCUCAUGCGCAUGGAUGGCAAGAGCGUCACGGGGCUGACCGGCUUCUGCCAGCCAGGCGAUUCGCGCGGUAUCACCGCCGCCGCCACCCCGGGGUCGCGACGUCGCGCCUCGGCCCUGCAGGUGCUGCUCGGCGUGGCCGGCGCCGAGUUGGCGCAGGCCGCGCGCGAGCGCGCCGCCCUCUCGGCGCUGACGCACGCGCGAGUCGUGCGUCAGUGGAACGACAAGCGCCGGAAGGUGGCGGCCUCCGCCUCCGCCGCCGCGGUGGCCCCGCCGUGCUGGUGCCCCCGCAAGGAGGAGCCGCCGUGCCCCCUAAGGGGGGGCCCUGAGCUGCUGGAGCCGCUGGAGCUGGAGCUGCGCGUGCGCUUGGCCGAGGUUCAGCGCCGCUACCGCGACAAACAGCGCGACGUCGCUCGGUUGCAGCGCCGCCGUGACUGGCGGGAUGAGAAGCGUCGUGGCUGCUGUGGGGCACGGCGUGGGCCCGGACGGCCGAGGAAACGGCGCCAGGCAUCGAGCGGUCCCCCCUCUCCUCUCCAUCGGCUCUGCGACUCCUCGGGGGGAGACAAGGCCUCCGGCAAAGCGGCGCCGGCGCAGUCGGAGGGCGGCGAGAGCCACGAGGACGGCGAUGGCGGCGACGGCAACGACGACGGCGCCGCCGCCGCUUUGCCCCCUCGGCGGAAGAAACCGCGGCGCGGUGGUCGCUCCGACGCCGCCGGUGCCGGCAGGAGGCGGCGUAAGGAGCGAGAAUCGGAGGGCGGCGGCGGUGGCGGCGGCGGCAGUGGUAGCGGCGGUGGCGGGAGGACGAAGGUGGUGGCAAGGAACCCGCAGGGGGCGGCCGGAAAAGCCGCUCGUGCCGAGAAGCUCGCGCAGCCCAAAAAGAGAACGAAGGCAAAAAGUGUCGACACGACGUCACCAUCGCCGCGCAAACCCAAGGGCCAGACUCGCUCCCCGGCGCCACCCAGCACCGCAACGGCACCACCACCACCACCAACACCACAACCACCACUGCCGCCGCCGGCAACGUCCUCAUCGUCAUCUUCGGUACAACCACCAUCCUCCUCCUCCUCCUCGCCCAACUCCUCCUCGUCCUCGUCACUGCCGGCGCCUGGAAAGAACAAGAAAAAGAAGAAUUUGAAUGACGGAGGGAAGAGGGCGGCUCUGACUUCUGGAACUGUGAACUCUGCCCCGGGCGCGGUCACCAAGACCUCGCCGGCGAAAUCUGGCAAGAAGGAGCGCACGACCACCACCGGAGCCGGAGCCCGGGCGGGGGCGAAGGGGGGGGCAGCAGCGGCAGCCGGAGUGGACACUGGUGCCAGAGCCAGGGCGGACGUCGCACAGCCGGCCCCCGCCAGGCCCGAUCCAGGCAGCGCGUCCGACUACGAGCCCGUGACCGCGGAUCGCUGGCCCUCCCUCUCCACUCCUGACUUCUCCUCGGUGGCCGCCUCCAAAAACUCCUCCUCCACGAUGGGCGCGGCGACUGGCGCUGCCGCAACGAUGACGACGCCAAAGAAGAAGCCGGCUCCCGUGCCGGCGCCGUCGCCAAACCCGCCCCGCGCCACCGCCAAGAGCGGCGCACGCCGGCCGGCGCCGGGGCCCACGCUGGCAUCGGCGAUGGCGUCGGCGGCGGCGGGAAGAGGCGGCCCGCGGGGCGGUGGCACGGGCACUGCGAAGGCGCGGUCGGGAGCGAGCGGCGACGCCGGCGGGAACGGCGGUGGGGCGCCUGGCGCCAAGAGUCACGCGAGGGCGGUGCGCAUCGUCUACCCGGCGCGCUUCCCCGACGACAGCGACGACAGCAACGAUGAUGAUGAUGACGACGACGACGAUGAUGAUGAUGACGACGAUGAUGAUGAUGAUGAAGAAGAGGACGAUGAGGACGUGAGCUCGGUGGAAUUUUACGAACGAGGGUUCGAUUACAGCGACGACGAUGAUGAGGAUGAUGAUGACGACGAUGAAGAUGACGAAGACGAGGAUGACAACAGGGAUGACCUCAUGGAUGACGAGGACGACGACGACGACGAUGACGACGAUGACGACGACGACGAGGUGGCUGGCUCGUGUUUCAGACCCGGGAUCAUGGCGGGGUUCGGGGGCCCUGCUCCCGGGCGGGGGGCGGCAGUUGGGGGGGGCUCCCACCGCGGGGGGCCCCCCACGGCCCCCCCGCUGCCCUCCCUGGUGCAGCUGGAAGCGAAGCAGAAAGCGCGGAAGAAGAGGGAGCGGCAGUGCAUGCUGGGCACCGAUUCUCAAUUUUCUGACUCGGAGGUCGACGUGAAGGUGCGAAGGACCACUCCGGCCGCCCCUCGGCCACCCAAAAAGGCCGCGCCCGUCAUCUCGCGGCCCGGCAAGAGGCCCAAGCUGCUGCCGGGCCUCUCGCGGCCUCCCGGCGCCAGCACAACUCCGCCAAAAACGUCCGUGCCGAUGGCCAAGUCGGCAAAGUCGAAGCCUAGGCCUACUAAGCCGAGGGUGGCGAGGCCUCCUGCCGCGCACAGCGCGAUGCGAGGGGAUUUCGCCGAUUUUGGCACUGCCGGGAUGUGGACGCUUGGCGGUGGAGGUGGUGGUGGCGGUAGCGGCGGUGGUGGCGGCGGUGGUGGUGGAGCGGCGCUGCCCAUGUCGGCUUUUCUCACCGGAGGUGGAAACGGCUCGGGCCCGGCAAGCGGAGCCAGCAAGGCGAAGAUGAAAGAGAAGGCAGCGCGGAAGAAGAGCGGCAAGAUGGGGACCGUGGCCGUGCCAAGCCGCGCCGGCCUGUCCCAGGCCAGCCGGCCGAGCGGGAAGCCCGGCACCAAACCCAAAGCAUCCAAGAGCAAGGGCGAUUGCCGACCGGUGAGCCGCACGGCCCCCACCAGCGGCGCUUGCAUCCGUCCGGUCGGACCGAGCGGAGGGGGAGGAGGAGGCGCGGGGGUCGGGCCGUGCGGCGUCGGCGUCGGCGGCAGCGUUGGUCCCGGCGGCGGUGGCGGCAGUGGCACCGGCAGCUCCGGCGGUGGCGGCGGCGGCGGCACCGGCGUUGGCGUGAGCCAAGCGGGAGGGGCGCGAGCGACCGUUCCGGACGGGCUCGCCGCCGGCGGCGCCACCGGCGCCACCGGCGCGACUGCGGCGGCGGCGCGACCGUUCGGAUUCACCACCCCCGGCGGCGGGGGGAGCGGCGGAGGGGGGGGCAGCGCCACCUCGUUCUCGGACGAGGAGGACGAGGUGCCGCUCAUCCGUCUGCGCGAGCGCCCGCACACGCCUGAGCCCCCGCGCUGCUGCCUGGAGCGCUGCGACGUGCGGGAUGGACUCCGCAUCCUCAUCCCCAUGGAGGACGAGCUGCUCCACCCGGGCACCGUGCGAGCCAUUCAGCCUCCUGACAUUUACGGCGUGGUGGUCGACGGCGAGAGGGGAAACAGGCCCCACGUCUACCCGCUCGAGCAACUGCUGCAGGAAGCGAUCCUGGACGUGAAGCCACCAUCGAGGCAGCUGCUGCCGGAGGGCGCGCGCGUGUGUGCCUACUGGAACCCCAAGUGCCCGUUCCUCUACCCGGGCACGGUGGUGCGCGGAACCCCCCGAGCGUGCGACUCGUCGAGUCUGAUCGCGAUCGAGUUUGACGACGGCGACACGGGCAAGAUCGCCAUCACAGACGUCCGGCUCCUGCCUCCCGCCUACACGGUCACAUGCACGGAGCCCGCGCCCGCCCUGCUCCUGCACAGCAGGGACCCGCGGCGUGCCCGCAGGGUGGCCACCGGGGAGGGGGCCAUGGACGGGGCCCACCCCUCCUCCACGGGCAACGCCGCUGCCCACUCAGGCGCCAAGGGCAAAGCGCGGGGCGUCAAGACGGCGAGAGCGGCGGUGAAGGGCGGCAAGCGCGCCGCGUGCCUCCCUCAUUUCCCCCUGCCACAGUCAAACCACCGCGGAAGGACACCCUGCCUGCCGACCUCCUGGUCGCCAUGGCUGCGGACACGGACCUGUCGGAGGACUGACGACGACGACGAUGACGACGACGACGAUGACGUCAUCACCGGCAACAUCGACGAGAAACCCGCGUCGAGACUCGGACCCUCCGCACAGCAGCAGCAACCCCCGCUGGCGCUCAAACCCCACCGGCCGCGGCAGCCCACGCGGACGCGCAGCGCCAAGCCCAAAGCAGCGGGGCCAUUUGCCGGCCGCGCCGACACGCCGGCGCCAAAGCCGAAGCGGCCCAAGUCCAAGGCGGCGUCGGCAAACCCGGUCGGCCUGGGACAGCCGCAGCAGCAGCAGCACCAGCAGCAGCAGCAGAGGCAGGCGCCAGCAGCGACUCACGCCAUCGCCUCCCCUACCUCCUCCUCCUCGUCGACGUCGACGCCGCCACAGGGCUCGUCGAUGUUCUCGCUGGCGUCUUUCACGCGGAGCGCCGACGGCGGCGGCGAGGGGAGCUGCGGGAACCCGUUCCUCUCCUACCUCCCCAGCCCCGGCGCCCAGCAGCCGAGGGCCGCCGCCCGUAGCAAGGACGGCGGCAUGCCGGCGCCAUCGCCGGUCAAGGCCGGGUCGGCGACGGCCGGGGGAGCCGGCGGUAGCGGAGGCAGCAGCGCCAACGGCGGCGGCGCCGGCGGCAACGGCAACAAGCGCAAGGCCGAGCAGGAAGUUCUCAUCAAGCUGGACCAGGAGGGCGUCAUCUUCCCGAAGAACAAGAAGACGAAGGCGCUGAUGAUGCAAGAGGGGCGCAAGCUGGCCUCCGGCGAUCUGGGACGAUCGGGGAGCGGCGGCGGAGGCAACGGCGCUCCCGCGGGGCAGGUGACGCCGGCGCCGACGUUCAGCGGAAGCAGCGGCGCCGGCACCAAAGCAGGCGCGGGGCCGGUGGGCAGCCCGCUGACCCCGUCCGUGACCCCGCUACCGUCGGAGAUCCCCGCCAAGUCGGUGCGGGUGGCGCUCCCCAAGCUGCCCGCUGGCGCGGCUGUGUACGGGUUUGGAAAAUAUGGCGGCGGCGGUGGCGGCGGCGCUGACGAUGAGAGGGUGGCGCAAGCACAAGGGGCGGCGGCCGCGGCGGCGGCGUCUUCGUCGUCGUCGUCCACCUCGUCGUCCCGCGCGCGGACCGAGGGGCGAGCAUUCAGCGAAAGCGAGAGCGGCGGGCGCAGCGAGAGCUCCGAGAGUUCCUCCGACUCGGACACGGACGACGGCGGCGGUCGCGCGGUCGCCGCGGCGACGACGUCGACGGCGGCGGCGGCGACAACGGCGGCGGUUACCCCGGCAACGGCGGCGACGUCGUCGGUCACCCCGGCAACGGCGGCGACGAGGGCCAGGACCGAGCCGUCGGCGGUGGCGGCGGCGGCGCCCUUUGCGUCUCGCUCCAACACCUCGUCCUCCACCUCGUCCAACACCUCGUCCAACACCUCGUCGUCCUCGGCAUCCAACUCGUCGUCGACGUCGUCGUCGUCAUCCUCGUCAUCCUCGUCGUCCUCGUCGUCCGAGGGGGACGACUCGUCUUACAGCUCCGGGUCGGACUCGCCGUCUGAGGGAGAGGAGAUGGAAGAGGAGGAGGACGGGGACGACGACGUGGACUUGGAAGAUGUCGAUGACGAGGAUGACGACGAUGACGAGGAGGACGACGACGAUGAUGAUGACGGUGGCCGCGGGGAGGUGGGGCCGGCGUUGUCGCAGCCGCAGAGCUCGGCCCGGCAGAUGGCUGACGCCAACUCCACCCCUGGUGGCGGUGGAGGAGGAGGAGGCGGUGGACCUACCAGUGGUGGUGGAGGAGGAGGAGGUGGUGGAGGAGGUGGAGCCGAUGAGGUGGGCGCGGCAGCAACAUCGACAAUAGCGGCCAAGUCGAAACCCAAAACAGGUGGAGCGAGGCAGCGGGGAGUCUCGAGGCGAGAGGGCCGAGCGUCGGGGGGGGCCCCCAGCAGGGAGCCCCCGGGAGGGGGACGUCGCGAGCGCCUCCCGUCCGUGGAGAACCGGCCCAAGAUCGCCGCCUUCCUCCCCGUCAGACAGCUGUGGAAGUGGUCGGGAAAACCCACGCAGCGGCGUGGCGUCAAGGGCAAGGCGCGCAAGCUGUUCUACAAGGCGGUGGUGCGCGGCAAGGAGACGAUCCGCCUGGGGGACUGCGCCGUCUUCCUCUCGGCCGGGCGGCCCAACCUGCCCUACGUGGGGCGCAUCGAGAGCAUGUGGGAGUCGUGGGGCAGCCACAUGGUGGUGCGCGUCAAGUGGUUCUACCACCCCGAGGAGACGCGCCUGGGCAAGAAGCCGGCCGACGGCAAGCGCGCCCUCUACCAGUCGGAGCACGCCGACGAGAACGACGUGCAGACCAUCUCGCACCGCUGCCAGGUGGUGAGCCUGUGCCAGUACGAGCAGAUGACGCGCGGCAGCAAGCGUCACCAGCGCGACGACGACCUCUACUACCUCGCCGGCUCCUACGACCCCACGGCCGGCGUGCUGCUCGACACGCGGGGGCUGCCCAUCCUCUGCUGACCCCCCCCCCAACCCCCAAAACCCCCCUCCCUUCUGGGAUGUAACGAAAACGCCGGAAGUGCUGAUGAAUACCAAAAGGGCGGCGAUGGUGACGACGACCUUGGGAAGCGAAGCUGGACGAUGGAAUGGUGGAGCUUGCGCCGUGACCCUAAUUGGCGAGCCAACCAGCUGCUAGUUACUAGCACCUGCGCUGGCUGAGCCUAGACAAUGUGCCGAUCAGCCACUGGUACUAAGUAGCAUCAUCCGAUGGCCCUUAGCAACGAGCCAACCAGCCAUCCAUUUGUACUCGUACUCGCACUGACCAACACAAGCUUGUCAAAUGCGUUUUAAUCCCUGAACUAUCAUCCUAACCAAGCAGCCAACUGUGGAAGCUAGUACAAGUCCUCCCACUGAACCUGACCCUAGCCCCCUACCUCCUCACUCUCCCCCCUGGCACCUUGGCCACCUCUCUCUUCAGUGCUGAGAUGUGUCGUGCCAUCUGGGCCACAUUGGCUGGCAGAUUGAUGAUUUUUUUUUGCUCUUUGCUCAUCACACUCGCGCCUACGUUUUAUAUUCCGUCAUCUUUGAACGGUAAUUUUUUUUCUAUUUAUUUUUAUUUUCAGUUCAAUGCGGAUACGUAACGACAUUAAUGGUGGCUUUUUUUCACCAUCGUUUUGUACAAGUGCUGUUUGACAAGGUGCCCUUAAAGUGUUUCAAGGUAUUUUUUAAAAUGUUAAUCAUUUGCAAUUAAAAUUUUCUAUUUUUACUUGCUGAUGUUUCACCGAGAGAAUCACCAUCACCGCGAUUAUUUUGCGGAAAAUGUCUUACAAUUUCGUGCUCAAUGUUGUAAUCAUUAUUAUCUCACGCAAUUAAUUCACAAAGUAGUAUUAAAAAAGCCAACAAGCAAGUAGGGCUGAUGUAAAUGGCACGUAGAGUUUAGCGCAGUCGUUCUUAUUCAACAUUAAUAUAUUUGUGUAAGUUUUAGCUUUUUACUUUCCACCUUAGUGGUAGCACUGACGCUCCCAACGCACCCCUGGACUCGCACUUGCCGAAGCCGCCCGUAACACAAGGUCACAGGUGCACUGCGCGGGUCCUGUCACAGCCUCGGCAGAAAGCCCCCAGAUCAAGGCGCAUUGGGCUGCCACCUUUGUUCGUCAGAGCCACGUGUUCGCUGCGUCGCAGUUUGUUCGUUGAAUUCGUCGACACAUCGUUAGUCGAUUUUUGUUUUGUUUCAUUUAUAGGGUUGUGGACGAUUGCGCGUGAGUGCGUUGAUACACGAGGACCCGACCUAGGCUGACCCGUGGAUAUUUAACUUCUUGCCUGCGGAACGACGACCGCCGGCAGAAAGAAGUGUUUGUCGCUUGCGGCGGCGGGACUUUUAUUUUGUAUUCUAUCGAGGACUACCGCGCGGACUGUGGAUCGGAGAGGUCCCACUGGUGCUUUUGUGGCACUGAAAACAGAAUUACGACGAAAACCGCGAAACGUCGAUUUAGACCGACACGUGGAAUCACAAAGAACGCUUACUUUAAUCCUUUGAUUCGUUUUUUUUUAAGAAACAUUGUAAAUACGAGAAGACUGGCGACCUCAUGAUGCGUUGGCCCUCCCGCCGGGGUUUUAUUUUUUGCCGGCGGUUGGGCGGGCGGGCAGGCGAGCGGGCGAGCGGGCGCGAACCUGAGCCCGACCCUCUCUUGUUAAGUCGACUACUUUUAUUCGAAUACCAAAGCACCUUCCGAGAAGCUGCUAAAGUUGAAACCGUCAACUACUGGAGACCCCCCCCCCCCCUCCCUGGGGUCGCACUGGUGCUGAACGCCCAAGGAAACCGUUUUCACGCGGGCCGCCGUGUCCAUUGCCUGCGAGUUUGACGAAGGCGGUGGUUGCGGUGUGGAACGAAAGUCUGGUGGUGGGGUGAUCGGGUAAUUUUGUAUUAUUCUUGGGUUAAUUGCUUUUUGGGGAGGGGACAUGAGUGGAUGAUUUUGUAGGGAGGAGGGGGGUGAGGUGGUGGAGGAAGAUGUCGAUGAGAGGAGGAGGACGAUGAGACGGUUGAAAAACAGCACUUCUUCACUGCCGCCCGCUGCUUUCUUCAAUAGCGCGAUUGGGAGUGCGACAAUCAGAAAACAAUCGACGGACUCUGCCCUCGCCGCCAACGUCGGACGUGGCGGACGGACGGAACCCUCCGUGUGUGCGGACGCUCGUCGGGAAAGAUUCGCUAGAGAUUCGGGAGACUUGAACCCCAUCCCCCUGCCCCUUCCCUCCUCCCUCCCGUUAACUUUUGCGGACGCGUCGCUGUAAACCCCAGUUGAACGUCGCUUUGUACAUAAAUGUUAUCGUUGUGUUUGGCAGGUGUCCGACUCUUGGCGUAAAAAUGCUCGAACACACCGGUUGUAUGUCGUCGUUCCGUGGCUUGCCCGUCGACCCUCGUCACACCACGAAACAGACUGAUAAUUGCGCAGCGUGUAAAAUAAAGAAGAGGAGGAGAGAGAUCGAGGGGGCGAUAGCCGGGUACUGCUGCUGCCGCUGUCACGGUCCAUCUCCCGGGUUUGUAAAAUAAAUCAAACGUGGAAACAACUCAAGUGUUUCGAUUACCGUCGUCCCCUAGCACGUGGUAUCCAUACAUGUAUUAUUACGAUCGUUAUCAUUGUUGUGACUGUCAUUGCCGCCGUACCGGUAGGGGCCGGGCUGUGCUCGACGGUUUGCGUUCACAAUCACGAGCGCUGUGUUUAAAAGGGAAGUUCAAUACUGUAUUGGGAGCGUCUGCGCGUUUGCUGUGCAAACCUUCAAAAUGAGCGUCGUCGAAUUUAUCGUUUCGCUUCCCGAGCCGCUGCGCUCGGGUGUCGUUCGUCCGCACGCGGGCGGCGGGAGCGGUGGCGCUGUGGUUAGCGCGACGUGCUACGAACCACGUACGUGUGUAUAUAUUUCUAUGGGUUGCAUCGUCAACAACCACCGAUCACUGAUUAUAUAUAUUUUCGAGUGAGCAUAUCUGUGUGUGUGUGUGCGCGCGUGUGUAUAUAUAUUUUUUAGGUUCAUCACGUCGCACACCACGGCUGAUCGCCGCUAUGCCGAGGCGCAAAUUUGCGAACUCUCCCGAAAGCCAUCGGGACGUUUUCUUUGUUAUUUUAAUUGGGCCCCGAGGUUCCUCCUCCCCUCGGACAGCAGCGGCGGCAGCGGCGGCGGCAACGGCGGGCGGUCUCGUGGGCCCGGCGACAUGACGGGGGUGAUGAUGCACUGUUAACGCGACCGUCUCUGGAGAAAGUGGGGCAAUAGACACGGGCGGAUUCCCAUGACCCCCCCCCCCCCCGGCUGUAAGCGUCGGUUAACCCUAACGCCGUCCCCGACCACUUGACGACCUGUUGAUUUAUUGCGACGAAGAUGACGACGGUGGAGAUGAUGAUGAUGUUUCGGGGGCUUGAAUUUCCCAACUGAAUAUUUUUUUUUCUCAGUCACUGGUGGACUUGAAGCACGUGGCUAGGUAGUGAUGGGGCAUACUUGAUGUGGUGUGCCGGGUGCGGUUAAAUGUUUUGUUGGCGCGAGGGCGGGGGAGGAGGCUGCUGAUACGGAAAAAGCCCGGCUGAAAUUCUAGCCCCGUUGAGGAUGACGACGCUUGAUGAUUUAUUGCGGAGAUGAUGAUUAAUGAUGAUGAUUACUACUAAUACUACUAUUGCUAUUGUUGUUAUCAAAGAGUAAAAAAAACAAAAAAAAACUGGAAGUGUUGAAAACCGCCACGUUUGAGCAGUUUUAGAAAAAUGUAAAAAAUGAAAAUUAGACGCUCAAAAAAUCGAACGCUUGUAAAAAAAAGAAAGAAAUUAAUUUUGUUUAAGAAAAUAUUAUAAUUAUUACAAAAAAUGAAACUCUCGGAUUUGAAGAGGCAAUCGUAAAUGGUGCUGGUUCACCUGAAUUUCUGUUUGUUGUCGUUCCCCCUCUCUUUGUUAUGACGACGACGACGAUUGCCGGUGACGCGAUUGGGACGUGCGCGUGUGAUGAUGACCCCAACAUCGUAGCCGCUCUGCUAACUCUGACCGCUCUUACGUGGGGGGUGGUGGGUAGUGGGGGGUGGGUGGUGGCGGCGUUGGUGGGCACGCGCGAUGACACCACGAGCGGGGGGUCCGCACGUCUCUGUGAGUCACCGCUAACAAACGCCACCGGCCACUACUGAUGGAAGAGGCUUCUCGCGACUUUUAUUUCCCAAGCCCUGUACAAACUCCAUCCCCCCCCUCCCCCCCCUAAACAAAACACAUGCAGCUGACAUCCCGUGUAAAAUUUUUUUUUAUGAAAAAUAAAAUAAUACAAGUUAAACCCUUACAAAAAAAUGAAACCUGUAUUUAAUGAGUAAAUAACAACGACCAAUAUACUGGCGGGAGGUUUCCUGCCAAAUCGGUUACAAAACAACAACAACAACAAGAACGGACUCCCGUUUGUGGGAUUUAUGUUUCUUCAUCAUCAUCAUCAUUAUUAUUGCGGGUAAUAAUCACGAUGUCCACGCACACGCAAUGCCCUCCAGACGGGGACCCGCUCAAGCUGAGUCCGUUCGGCCAGCGUCUACGCGAGGAAGCGGUCGCCCCGGACAGGGUUUGGGGGGGUGGGGGUGCUCUCCACACCGUCACGCAAACCUCCGUCCGUCCGAGGAGGGUGAGCACCCUGCGUGAGCUGGAACCUUUGCCGUGGGGCACGUUGGGUCCGAAACGAGAUUCGAAAUGCAUGCCCCGUAUGUGCCCCCCCCCCCAUCUGAAGACACGAAACGAAAUCAUAAUAUCACAACCGCGGUGGUGGCGCCGACGGCAUCGGCUCUCAGCUGCUGUACAUACAACGUAACCCCGUUCUACUUUUUAGUUUUUUUUUUGGUUCUCUCCGUUAUAUUUUUGUUUCGUGUCUUGGGUUUAUUUUGUAUUGACACUACGAAAAUGUAAGCAUUGCUUAUAACAAAAAAAAGGCAUUUUCAGUUUAUACAAAUGUUUUGAGUAUUUAAUUUUUGUAUUCUGCACUUGUACCAAUAAAACACGGUAAGACGCAGCGAUGGACACUCUGCGGACGACUGCUUAUGUGGAUGGGUGUUGUGCUGGUUGGCUGGGUGCUGUGUUGGUUGGGUGGGUGCUGUUUUGGCUGGAUAACGUGACGUGUUGGCUGGGUGAGUUGACGGGU